CAACACGCAUACAACACGCAUACACUGCAUAUAUAACAGAUAUUACAGAGAAUGGAUAAAUAUAUAACAAGAUCUGUUCGUAUCUUUCGUCCUACAAGAACUACUAUGCAAGCAGGUGCUCGUCAUCCUCAAAUAUGGCGUCUUGAAUGGGAUUUUACUUCUUCUCGUCAUUGGGAAAAUCCCGUAAUGGGAUGGACAUCAUCGGGUGAUCCUCUUCAGGCAACUUAUAUUAACUUUCCUACUCUUGAAAGUGCUAUUCGGUUCGCUGAAAAGCAGGGAUAUUCGUAUCAAGUGGAACCUGAUUCAACCCUUAGCAAGUUUGCUGUCAAAAGUUAUGCUGAUAAUUAUCGGGUAGAAACUAUGAAUCCUUCCAAAAUAUCUCAUACUAAAUAAUGAAAUCAUGUGAUUGUUUUAAGUGAAGGAGAGAAAAGGUAUUGC